ACCGCCUUCACUUCCUCAUCAAAUAUACACAUCUCCUGACGAAGAAGCAGCAGCCAGCUGCAGGCCGGCUCCAACCAAACCAACAUGGGGACUCUGCAGGUUCCCCAGCAAGCCGCUCUUCUUUUGGCUGCGCUCUUGGCCGUCAGCUUCGGUGCCACGGCUUGGAAGAAGGCAGACGUGGUUGGCUGCGUCAAGUGCCUCGACUGUUCCCCCAACGACGUCAAUGCCUUCAAAGACCUGCAGGUAGCGAUCAAGUGCAAAUCCGGCGCCGCCGACGACGAGAGCUACGAGAUGAGGGCGCUUGGCACCCUGGACGACACCGGCGUCUUCCGUAUCCCACUCGCCGCCGAACUCCUGCGCGACGACGGGAGCAUGGACCGUGACUGCUUCGCGCAGCUCCACAGCUCGCUCGGCACGCCGUGCGUCGGUCAGGCGCCGCCCAGGAUCGCGCCCACCACCAGCCAAUCAGACGGCGGCAGCGCCACCAGCGACACGACCUACCUCGCGGCCGCGGCCGACACGGUGUUAGCCCCCGUCGCGUGCGCCUGCGGCAAGAAGAAGAAGCACUACAUGUUCGGCCCGCCGCCGCCGCCGCCGAGGCCGACGCCGACGCCAACCCCGAACCCCCCGACGACGCCGACGUACGGGCCCCCGACGCCGACACCCACGCCCGUGCCGCCGGAGCCCAGGCCUCCGGCGCCCGAGGAGCCCGAGCCGUUCUUCAAGAAGAAGCCCAAGAUGAAGUUCAUGCACAAGAAGAAGCCGUGCCCGCCGCUCGUCGACGACGACGACACCACCCGGCCUGCUGCGGCAGACGGGCAGGGGCAGGAGAAGAUCCCCAAGAAAUUGAACUAGGGUGGUGUGUGCGGGCAUGCAAGCAGGACAGCAGCAAAUUAAGCGAUCAGAUGUUGGAGGGUCGUCGGUGAUGUUCGUUUCGUUUCGGUGAUGUUGUUGUUGUUGUGGUGUCAGUGAUUGUUUUGUUCAGUUCAUGCCGUCGUGUGUCCGCGGUGGCAUUGGUGUUUCAGACUUUCAGUCCGUUGCUUGAUUUGAGAAAUAAACGUAGUGAUUUCUAAAGCAAAA